AUGUUCAAUAUCGCAAUUUGGUUUUUGGUGCGAGGGGCACGCGGCAUGCCUGUUACGUUGCAAAGGGUGGCCCGUCGGUCUGCGACUGUGUUCCCCGAUGACAACGAGUUGGACAUGGAUUUUGUUCUUUUUACGUUUAGCUUGGUAUUCAUGCUUCUAUGCUACGGGAUGAUGGUGCUGAUAUACCUUGGACUGCGGUAUGUGGUGCGGCGAUGCUUCACACGCCGCAUUGCGCUCAGCAGCAGCGACAGCAGCCGAGCUAACAGUGGGGAUGUUCCUACAGUUCUAGAUGACGAGCUCGAGGUGCGCCACAAGCUUGCACAGUUAUCGCCAGAAGAGCAGUUCUACUACAAACAGGGGGAGGAGUUUAUCAAGCAAAAUCCACCAGCACUCAUGCCAUAUCAGACCGUUGCGGGCGGCGGUAGCCAUGGCGAACCUGCAGAUGUGUUCGAUCCUGUGAUCAAUGACCAGACGCUCCGGUACAUUGAGGAGGAGGGCGCGCAAGCAUGGGAGUUUCAGCCGUCCCCUAGCCUUCCGCCCGACUUUGUGAAGGUGGAAAACCGCACGGAGCUCACCUUCAUGAACUCCAAUUCCGACGUUAGUGUUGCGACAAACCUUCCCAUCCCGCUUGCAAACAAGGUAUACUACUUCGAGUGCAAGAUCUUCGAACUCUGUGACAGGCUUGGCCGCCCGGUCAGCCAUCUCUCAGAAAACCAAAUAGUUUCCUUUGGUCUUGCUACAUCGCCGUAUCCCUAUUUUAGGCUUCCCGGCAGACACCAUCACUCAGUUGCAUAUGACUCUAAUGGAGCACGUAGGUUAAACAACUCGUUUAAGCUCCCGCAGGAACUCUCUUCACUAUUCCCCCGCUGCGAAAAGGGCGACGUCAUCGGGAUUGGCUACAGAACUCGGAGCGGCACAGUUUUCUUCACGCGCAAUGGCAAGAAGUUAAAUGAGAAACGCAUUGGUGGCCACAUAAAGGGCUGGAAAAUUAAGUAUCUUUACCCGAUUGUUGGUGCGAAUGUCCCAUGCAAGAUACACGUUAAUUUCGGGACCUACGGAUUCGUCUACAUUGAAGCAAACGUAAAGAAAUGGGGAUAUGCAAAGCUGAACGGCAUGAAGCUGCCUCCACCAGCCUACGAAGACUAUGACCGAGAUGUAUUGUUAGAAAGCAGUUAUGAAGAUGAAGUAUCCGAGGGUGAAACGAAUAGUUUUGUGGAACACCUUCACGAUGGCCAUCUUCUACCACCGCCACCGGGGUUCGAAUUUAGUACUACCCCAACUUCGAACUGCGACCAGUUUACAUUGAACACCCUACCUACAGAACCACCCGGUUACAUGUCAGAUGUAAAUGCCGGAUCCAAACAUAACGGUCGUGGUGUUGGCCGCUCCGAAAAUGUGCAAUCUGAUGCUCCUAAUGCUGAACUUCUAAACGCAAAUACAUUCGCAAAUCAAUUUAUCAACGAUUCAUCACCGAAAAGGUAA